AUGAAGUCAUUCGCGAUUGCUGCCUUGAUUACCAGCCUUGCUGGGGCUAUAUUAGCAACCCCAGUCCCAACGGAGCAAGCAAGGCAAGCCCAUGGCAUCUUUGGUUCAGGGGACAACCUCAUCAACAGCCCGUUCGAUAGCGCCGCUUGCAUUGUAAGCAGCAUCACUGGAGGUAGCAAUCCCCGAUGCCAUGGCAAAGGCGAGGCUAUAACACAAGACGGAGUCCAUUACACCUACACAUAUGACACCAAUGAGGACGGUACCCUCAAAGUCACCAUUACCCGCAAGGAAGGUGGAACCUGCACCUACAACCUUCGAGCUGAUGGCAACUAUCUUCAAGCUGUCAUUAAAGACGCAGCAGAGAGGUGCAUAAAGGAGAAAUAG